UGACACAUGUCAUUUUGUGUUUCGAUUUCAAAGUGUAAAUAGCAGAAAGUUUAAAUUUUGCUAAAUUAAACAGGAAAAUAAUGAAAAGUAUUUGAUAUUAGGCACAAACAUGGUUGACGAAAGCACUAGGAAGACUUUAAGCAGCAUUCCAUUGCUACAAACGAAAGCUGGACCCAGGGAAAAAGAUCUUUGGGUCAACAGACUGAAAGAAGAAUAUCAGGCUUUGAUCAAGUAUGUCCAGAACAACAAGUCAGCAGACAACGACUGGUUCCGUCUUGAGUCGGACAAGACAGGCACACGCUGGUUCGGAAAGUGCUGGUACGUGCACAACCUGCUCAAGUACGAGUUUGAUGUGGAAUUUGAUAUACCUAUAACAUACCCAACAACGGCACCUGAGAUAGCCCUACCAGGCCUUGAUGGUAAAACGGCUAAGAUGUACCGAGGUGGGAAGAUCUGUCUGACGGACCACUUCAAGCCGCUGUGGGCUAGGAACGUACCGCGGUUCGGUAUCGCACACGCUAUGGCACUUGGGUUGGGGCCAUGGCUUGCAGUAGAAAUUCCGGACUUGAUAGAAAAAGGCGUCAUACAAUACCAGGAAAAAACUGACGAAGCUAAAUAACACAAGAUUAAACAUAAAUGAUAAAUAUAGGUAUGAUAUUUACACAGAUACUUAUGAAAUAUUUAAAAAAUCCAACCUGUAUAUCCUAAAAGCGAGAUGUAAUUAACUAAUUACUUUUACCUUAUUGCUUUUGCUGAUUGAGGUGAUAAUAUCGUACAUUGUACAUAAUUUUUGUAUCAAAAUGACCUUCACAAAAUAUAUUUUAUCGUUUGAAGAA